AUGCAGCUUCCUAGGUUCCCUGGAUGUACACGCAAGCCAAGGCAGUACACACCAAAUUUCCCCAGAGCCAGAAUGGGUGGAAUAAGAGUUCAGUACAUCCAAAAGUUUUUAGCCAUCCUGGAGAUGAACAUCACCCUGGUCAGUGAGUUCUUCCUGGUGGGCUUUCCUGGUGCCCCAUGGCUGCAGAACCUGCUCUUCUUCCUCUUCCUUGUGAUCUAUCUGUUAGUGAUAUUAGAGAAUCUUAUCAUCAUGCUCACUGUUUGGAUCACUGGCUCCCUCCGUAAGCCCAUGUACUAUUUCCUGAGCAGCAUGUCUUUCCUGGAGGUCUGGUAUGUCUCCGUUACAGUCCCAAAGAUGCUGGAUGGAUUCCUCCUGCAGAGACGGCACAUCUCCUUCACAGGCUGCAUGACCCAGCUCUACUUCUUCAUCUCACUUGCUGGCACAGAGUGCGUGCUCUUGGCAGCCAUGGCCUAUGACCGCUAUGUGGCCAUCUGCCACCCUCUUCGAUACCCAGUCAUCAUGACCACAGGUUACUGUGUACAGCUAGUGGCCUUCUCCUACACGAGUGGUUUCAUGGUCUCUGUCUUCAAGGUCUAUUUCAUUUCCCAUGUCACCUUCUGUGGCUCCAAUGUCAUGAAUCACUUUUUCUGUGAUAUUUCACCAAUCCUCAAACUGGCAUGCAAAGACAUGUCCACAGCUGAGCUAGUGGACUUUGCUUUGGCUAUUGUCAUUCUCAUCUUCCCUCUCAUUACCACAGUCCUCUCCUAUGUCUGCAUUGUCUCUACUAUUCUGCAUAUACCCUCCACUCAGGGAAGGAGAAAAGCCUUUUCCACCUGUGCAUCUCAUCUCACUGUAGUCAUAAUUUACUAUACAGCCAUGAUUUUCAUGUAUGCUCGGCCCAGAGCUAUUGCAUCCUUUAAUUCUAACAAGCUAAUAUCAGCUGUGUAUGCAGUCCUCACACCCAUGCUAAACCCUUUCAUCUAUUGUUUAAGAAACCAGGAAGUCAAGAAUGCUAUAAAAAAGACCCUGGGGGGAGGCCAGUGUCUCCCAUUUAUCUGA